GCCGUCGUUGGUGGUCAUUUAAAAAUGGCGGAGUGCUUUUCUGCACGUUUGACCGCACAGGAGGAGCAAAUUCGGCUCCUGACCGAGGAAAUAGCCGGUCUUCGGGAUGGACUGAGCAACGGUGUGGUCGCGGUCGGAGUUGCCGCUGUAAAGCCGGAGCUUGAGAGCUUGCGGUCGGAGAACGAGAAGCUGAGGUACCGGCUGCUGCACCUCCGGAGGGCUCUGCAGGCGGAGCUGGAGCUGGAGGAGGCUCAGGGCAAGAGACAGCAGGGGGCUAAAGGUGGCAAACCCCCGGAGAAAGGCAGCGACAAACCCAGCCAGCAGAAGAAUGACCGAGCAGAUAAUGGGCUACCAAUCCAUGACAAAAAAAACAAUGACAAGGGCAAGAAGGAGAAGAAGCGGGAUAAGGUCCAAUCAGAUGGAAGUGCGAGAGAGCUGAAUCAGUGGCCUGAAUUUGUCCCCGAGCGCCUCAGUCUUUACGAGGAGCUGAAGAGGGAGAGCGACGCCCUGCUAUCAAAGAAAGCUGCCAACAGCAAGCCCAUUUCUGUGGAGCUGCCAGACGGUCAGAAGGUGGAGGGCAGGUCAUGGGUCACCACGCCCUAUCAGCUGGCCUGUGACAUCAGCCAGGGCCUGGCUGACAAUGCAGUGAUUUCUCGCGUGAACGGGGAGCUGUGGGAUCUCGACAGACCUCUGGAGCGGGACUGCUCUCUUCAGAUCUUGCGCUUCGACAAUGAAGACGCUCAAUCUGUGUACUGGCACUCCAGCGCUCACAUCCUGGGGGAGGCAAUGGAGCGCUUUUAUGGAGGUUGUUUGUGUUAUGGACCCCCCAUAGAGAAUGGCUUCUACUACGACAUGUUCUUAGAUGGACAGAAGUCCGUGUCAAGCUCCGAGUUUGGGGACCUGGAGUCUUUGUGUAAGACUGUUGUGAAGGAAAAGCAGCCCUUUGAGAGGCUCGAGAUCAGCAAAGAGACACUUCUGAAAAUGUUCAAGUACAACAAAUUCAAGUGCCGCAUUCUGAAUGAGAAGGUCAAAACGCCCACCACCACCGUCUACAGAUGUGGGCCUUUGAUCGACUUAUGCAGAGGCCCCCACGUCAGACAUACGGGGAAGAUUAAAGCAAUGAAGAUUUACAAGAACUCCUCCACUUACUGGGAGGGCCGCUCAGACAUGGAGACUCUACAGAGGAUCUACGGGAUUUCCUUCCCAGACUCAAAGAUGCUGAAGGAGUGGGAACGCUUUCAAGAGGAGGCAAAGAACAGAGACCAUCGCAAAAUUGGCAAAGAUCAGGAGCUGUUCUUCUUCCAUGAUCUCAGCCCUGGCAGUUGUUUCUUCAUGCCGCGUGGAGCCCACAUCUACAAAACGCUCACGGAGUUCAUAAGGGAUGAGUACUGGAGAAGAGGCUUUCAGGAAGUAGCCUCCCCCAACAUCUAUAACAGCAAGCUGUGGGAGACAUCUGGCCACUGGCAGCACUACAGCGAAAACAUGUUCUCCUUUCCUGUGGAAGACGACAUCUUUGCUCUGAAGCCAAUGAACUGUCCCGGCCACUGUCUGAUGUUCAGCCACAGGCCUCGCUCAUGGAGGGAGCUUCCCCUCAGGCUGGCAGAUUUUGGGGUCCUCCACAGGAACGAGCUGUCGGGGACUCUGACCGGGCUCACCAGGGUGCGGCGCUUCCAGCAGGACGACGCCCACAUUUUCUGCACGAUGGACCAGAUCGAGUCGGAGAUGAAGGGCUGCCUGGACUUCCUUCGGUGCAUUUACAGCGUGUUCGGGUUCUCCUUCCAGCUUCACCUCUCAACUCGUCCGGAAAAGUAUCUGGGCGACAUAGCAGUGUGGGACCAGGCCGAAAAGCAACUGGAAAACAGCCUGAAUGAGUUCGGGGAGCCAUGGAAACUCAACCCCGGCGAUGGUGCUUUUUAUGGACCCAAGAUUGACAUUAAGAUCAAAGACGCAAUCGGACGUUACCACCAGUGUGCAACCAUUCAGCUAGACUUCCAGCUGCCUGUUCGCUUCAACCUGACCUUUGUGGGAAAGGAUGGCGAUGACAAAGCCCGACCAGUCAUCAUCCACCGUGCCAUCUUGGGUUCAGUGGAAAGGAUGAUUGCCAUUCUCACUGAGAACUAUGCAGGAAAAUGGCCCCUGUGGCUCUCCCCACGUCAGGUGAUGUUGGUGCCUGUCAACCCCUCCUGUGAGGAUUAUGCCAAGAAGAUGUGUAAGAAGUUCACAGAAGCUGGUUUCAUGGCGGACUCUGACCUGGACUCUAGCUGUCUUCUAAACAAGAAAAUCCGAAAUGCCCAGUUGGCUCAAUAUAACUUCAUUCUUGUUGUAGGGGAAAAGGAGAAGAUGACUAACACCGUCAAUGUGCGCACCAGAGACAACAAGGUCCACGGAGAGCUGUCGGUGUCCGAGGUGAUGGCUCGCCUGACCCUGCUCAAACAGUCCCGCUGUCAAAACGCAGAGGAGGAGUUCUGAUGAAUGCAAGAGAACAAAACCGACUCUAACGCUUAGUUAGCUCAGUGAUAACAGUGCAGCCAAAGGAGCAGUUGGUGGGCUUAUGGGAUGUUUGAAGAUGGCAUUAAGAAAGUUUAACACAGACAUUUGUUCUGUAUGUAAAUCUAAAAAAGGUGAGGGGGGGGACAAUACAUUCAAGGGUCUAUGAAGGAAAAAUACUGUUUGUUUAGAAUGUUUUGGAGCUGACAAAUGAAAUCCACGUAGUUCCAUUCUGUGUGAAAGAAAGAAAGUUGAUCUGAUCGUGCAAGGACAGUGUGAUAAGUGUAAUUUGUGAAACUGGCACUGCCUUAUUGUCAUUGAGAUCUGCCUUCAUGGAAAAAAGCCAAUAAAUAAAUCUUCCAAAUGAG